UAAAAUAUCACCGUCAGUUGAUUUCUGUGUAUUGUCCAAUUUACCAACCAAAUUUCCUCUGCAUGCUUUGGUGGAAUAUGGAUAAUAUUAGAGGAUCAGGAAAGGAAACAUAUAAUUCUUGCACUUAGACUUUUAGACAAGGACUAACAUCGAAUAGUUGGAGUUGUCAUUCACAAAUUAGUUGCUCUUGGGAGAUUACAGCGAUAAUACUUCACACGUGUGUUGUGUUAUGAUUUUAUUUUUGGAUUACCCUAUCUAGUGUCGAUCUAUCUCGCGCAAAUGCAAAAUCGCCAUAGGAAUUGUACAUGAUAUCAUAGCAUGAACAAAUAAUGGCUACCCAAUACCCGUGGUAUCAUGGUCGGAUUUCACGACUUGAAACGGAAUCAUUGCUGCAGAAAACAGGAAAAGAUGGCUCUUUUAUUGUUCGAGACAGCGAGAACAUUAAAGGGGCAUACGUGCUGUCAGUCUUGUGUGAAGGGAGGAUAUAUCAAUACAGGAUAGUACCAGAUUCCGAAGGUCCUGGGUAUCUUAUGAAGUCUUCCGAUCCCAAUAGCAAGUUCCACCCGUUCAGUAACCUCUCGGAGCUCGUGAACAGUUACAGGAUUGUAAAUAAUGGCCUCUGCUGCCCUCUACAGCAUCCCGUAGAAGCCAAGAAGGAAGAGGAAGACCAGGACACAGAUGAUGAAGACGAGAGACUGUCCAGCGAUACCUCCGGAUCUUUCCAAGAUGGACCUCAACAUCUGCUUCAAGCCAGGUUAGAUGCCAUGGACCUCACCCCUCUAGAAGGAGCAGACUUUGUUGGCCGUCUCAAGGAGUAUGUCAACAAGGGUGUGCGGGAGGAUAGCGAGGAGGUCAGGGCUGGCGCAGGACAUGCCUCUCACUUCAGGAACAUGAUGAUGGCUUCUACUAAAGAACUAACAAGACAACUCAGAAUUUUCCAGCUCCAACUAGAUGCUAUGCAGUGCCUGUUUGAUGUACAGCUUCCUUCCAAUAAGAAAUUCACUCUUCAAGAUAAUCCCCCUCUUGAGAGCAGCCCUGAGAAUCUAUGCAAGAGAUUCGCAGAUUGUGAAAAGCAGGUCAAAAAUUUGGAGUCAAAGGUUAAAGCGACACUACGUGACCUGUACAAGCCAUGUAUGGACUCCCAUAGCCCGCCGUCUACAUUGGUUUCCAAGGCGACCCCCGAUCCCAUGCGUGAUGCAGAUUGUGAUGAUGAGGAGGAGGAUGACGAGCCUGCUACGUACAUGCCUGUACCAGAGACAAUGCCUUGCUCCAGCGAAAAGGAUGUCAGAGAUCUACCUACAAGAAAUAUUCUUCCUACACCAUUUGAGGUGAAAGUACUCAAUGUCUCAUCCUUAACCCAUCCAAAGGUCAAGUUGACCGUUGACCUUGCUACUGGUCAUCUGGUGGUUGCCAAGGUAACGGGUAAAGAGAUGAAUGAAGAUGUUCAGCUCUUGACUCAUGACAAAGUUGCACAGCUGAUCAAAUCUCGGACAAGUAAUACCAAACUUGCCAUUAAAUUGAGUAAUGGCAAAAAGAAGGAAUAUGCCUUUGAGGAUGCCAAGAAACGAGAGACGUUUUGUCAGAUGUUGCAGUACAUGAAGAUGGUUCAUUCUAAGAGCAAGGAAGUGGACCAGAUCUCAGUUUUUAUCGGAACUUGGAAUAUGGGAGAUGCCCCGCCCCCAGACUGCAUCACAUCGUGGCUGAAAUGCCAAGGGGACGGUAAGACGAGAGACCGCCAUCUGGCCUGCAUGCUGCAUGACCUCUACGUGAUCGGCACGCAGGAGAGCACGCUCAGCGAGAGGGAUUGGGUCAAUCGUCUGAAAGCAGAGAUACACAACAUAUGCAGGGUGCCCGGGGAGGAGUACUCUGUGGUGUCGGUGACAUCUCUCUGGGGUAUUAGAAUAGCAGUACUUGUCAAACCUGAACAUUAUGACCGUAUCACUCAUAUCAGGGAGUCUUCCGUCAAGACCGGUAUCGCCAAUGCCCUCGGUAAUAAGGGGGCAGUUGGUGUGUCAUUUUCAUUCAACGGGACGUCGUUCUGUUUUGUCAAUUGCCAUCUUACGUCAGGGACGGAAAAGUGUAUGAGGCGGAACAACAACUUCCAUGACAUCCUACGAGGUCUGAGUCUCGGUGCCAAGGGUUUGAGUCUCUUUGAUCUCAACAAUCAGUUCCAUCAUAUCUUCUGGCUUGGUGACCUCAACUAUCGUAUAGACUGGAAUGUUCAGGAUGUUCUUACGAACAUCAAGGGCGGCCAUUAUGAAGUGCUGUUUGACCACGAUCAGCUUAAGAUUGAGAAAGAUCAGGGACACGUCUUUGUGGCAUUUGAGGAAGAUGAUAUCACAUUCCCUCCGACCUAUCGCUAUGAACUGGGUCAUAGGUCAACUUACGCCUACAAGAAGAUCAAGAAAACCGGGAUACGUAUCAAUCAGCCUUCCUGGUGUGAUCGAGUCCUGUGGAAGUCAUAUCCUGAUACCCAUAUACUCAAUACCACGUACGGCUGUACAAAGGAUAUUGUCAGCAGUGACCACUCUCCUGUUUUUUCAACGUUUGAUGUCGGCUUGUCUGCUUCCACAGUUGUUCCUAAAGAGCAGAGAGAAGAAGGUGCCCAAGAUGUGAAGAUCAUUUUCACCCAGGUUGAUGCUACCAUCAUCACCAGCAUGUGUAGCAGUCGCUAUUAUCUUGAGUUCUUCUCAACGUGUCUGGAAGCCAAGUCUGAGAAGAGCAGUUACAACUCAAUUUGCCAGCAGAACAAUACACUGAAACUGAUCAAACCAUCUUGGACAAAAGACCAGCUUGUAAAGUUGACUCCAAUAGUAUCUGAUGCAGAGUAUCUUGAAGAGCAGUUCAUCUUGGUUGCUAUCAAAUCAGAAGACAGCGAUGAAUCUUAUGGAGAGUUUGUUGUAUCAUUACGCCAUCGCUUUGAAUCAUCACCUGUUCCAUUCAAGAGUAUUCUGACACAUCAAGGACAUAAAACAGGAGAAGUAGAAGGUAUGGUUCAUGUCCAUUCAAGGGAUGAGAGCCUGUAUGGAGCCUUCAGAAAAGCAAAGACAUAUGAACUGGUGAAGUUUGAAGACAAAACUGACAGCAUGUCAUCAGGUGAUGUGAGUGAUGAGGCUUCCUCUGCAAAGUUCUGUAAAGCGAAAGUGGCAAUUGAGAAUACCAAGAACAAGAUGAGACAAUGGGUUAACAAGAUGCCCAGCGAAGAUCAGUCAAGGAAGUCCCAAGAAGCUGCUCCGCCUAUACCUACCGCACCCCGCCCUCGGGAUCUGAACAUCUCCACCGCCUCUCUCCCUCCACCUCAGAGUGACCCCGCCCCUGUUCCCCCAACGAGGAGGAAAAACGGUCUCAAGUUAUCGACUGCGAAAGCGAUGAAUCAGAAUGGAGUCGGGGAAGAGAGUGAACAGCCUCCGCCGUUACCGCCUCCACGCGUCGGAGCAAGUCCGAUGAGCGCUAGCCCCAUGAGCGUGAACCCACUGAGUUCUAUCCCGAUGAGUGCCACGCCCAUGAGUACUAACCCAAUGGAUGGAGGGGAGUACAUGGGAUUGAAUGUAGAUGCAAUAUCUCCCAGCAGAACCGCAGCAGGUGACCAGUCAACGGGGCCAGAUGUCAAUCGUGGGAUGAACCAGGUUACUAAGCCUCGUCUCAGAGGGUGUCGGUCGGUACCUGCUGACUCAGACACCCCACCUCCGCUCCCUUCCCGACAGCCCCCGCCCACGCAGAGAUCACUCUCCCGAGACGUUGCCCUUCCCCCGCCUCUCCCCGCAAGACCGAUGCAUACGCUUCCUCCUCUGUGUACAGAUCGCUCGGAUUCAGAGACAUCCGAUGAGGGAAUGGUCCUCGGACAUUCGCCGCCGCGGAGAACGCCUCCUCCGUUACCGGGUCAGCAGGGUGCGUCUAAAGUGAGCGCGUUGCGUGACCACUGGGAGAGACGAUCCAGUCGUGAUUCAUCCCCCGAGAGCAACCGAUCUAGCGUAGAUAGAGGAGAUGCCAAACCGGCGCUCCCGCUCAGGAUCACAGAGAGAAUGGCUCCUGAUGGCAGACCUUCCUCGUCUUCUACCGACGAUGAUCCAGUACUUCUAGAAGGUCUACCUCCUCCUCUUCCUGUGAAAUCUAAACAGAAUACACCCCCAAGAAGACCAAAUGAUUCUGAAAUGGAAGAGUACGACAGCCUACGGCGGCCGAUCACCAUCACCGAGUGGCUGAGCAAUCUGGGGUUGAUGCAGUAUAAGCAGCAGCUGUACGACAAUGGCUGGGACAACGUGGCUUUCUUGGACACCAUAACAGACCAGGACCUGAUCGAUGCCAGGGUGGAGAGCUGUAAUCACCGACAGCGAAUGCUGGAGAGUAUUACCUGUAUCAUGGCCAUGCAACGGUGAUGAAGACCAGGACCUACACCAUAGGGACCUGGACCAUGGUCAAGGAGAACCUAAUGUAGACCACAUUGAGGAGAACCUGCACAGCUGUAAUGUAGCCCUAGAUCGCGUGAUGAAUAGGGCCUUGUACAGGACAAAUGGGUCUUAUACUUUUAAAAGUAAGGACCUGUACUAAAUGAAGGGGAACUUUACACAGCUACGAUACGGUCUUAAGUUCACAGUAAUAGUUAGGCCUGGAUCAGGUCCUAUCAAGGACCUACUGUUUGGAAAGUAAGGACCUUGGUAUCAAAAAGUGUCUCAAUCAUUUCUGGGAGAACUUGCAAUAUAUCAGUGUGAACCUUCACAGCUAUGAUGGUCCAGGGUCCCAGUUAUCCUUAGACCUAGUCUAAGAAGGAGGACCUUGGGAAUGUAAAGAAGGGUCUACUGUAAACCACAUAAGUAAAAACUGUCCUCACAAUAACAAGGCCCAGAUUCGGAAUGAAACAGGACUGAGGUCGCAUCAACCAGGAGUAAAUCACAUGAUAAAGGUUAUGAUUGUAUGAAUAAGGAUCCAGACUGGUCGACAAAUAAUAAAGACAAAUAGCCUUCAAAAAAAUCAAAUGUGCUCAUUUAACAGUCUGGUCAAUAUAACCAUGACUUCUAUCAUGUUAAACCAUGGGAGAGUGUGCCCAGAGGUUCCAAGACAAGCGGGGUGUAAAAUUUCAGGCAUGGUAAUGUGACUCACCCUGAGAUUACCAGGCAUUAUGUAUGAUGUGUACAUUUAUGAGGAUAGGCAGUGAUACACGUGUGAGAACGAGAAAUGGCGGAAGAGUCCAGAAAAGCAGGAGUCUCAUGCCCUAAGACGUGAGACUCAGCGGCCCGAAUUCACAAAGGUGGUUUUGAAAACCCACGGUUGAGUCCAUGGUUUAUGCAGAUUUCCUGUAUAAAUUAUACUUAAUUUAGCGCUUAUCGGGAGUGUGUAUAAAAAAUGUCUAAUGCUGAUGGGCGUUUUUGUGACAGUGCUCCAAAUUGACGCCUGUUGCCGUGGUUAUCUAC